CCAAACCGAGAGAGAAACUAAUUAGUUACAUAAAUCAAGGGGGAAGAAGAUUUGAGCUGAUGAAUCUCAACAUGAACUCAGUAGAAUCGCUGGUUGCUCAAAUCCAAGGCCUCUCCGCCAACAUCGGCGACUUAACUCAGCUUCGCAACUACUUGAAGCAGUGCGAUGAUUUGCUCCGCACCGAGUCCACUCGCCUUGCUCCUCUGCUCACCGAACUCGACCCUUCCGUUCACUCUCUCGGCUAUCUCUACAUCCUGGAGGCCUGCACAUCUGGUACAAUAUCAAAAGAUCAAGCGAAUGAGCUCGUGCUUUCUGUAGCCAGGUUCAUCAACGUGUGUGCUGCAGAUCAAAUCCGUUUGGCGCCUGAGAAAUUCAUAUCUAUCUGUAAAAGGUUAAAGGAACAAGUCGUGUUUCUUGAAGAUCCCAUGCGUGGUGUGGCUCCAUUGCUGACUUCCAUACGCAAGCUUCAGUCAUCAACCGAACAGCUGACAACUUUACACCCUGACUUUUUGCUUCUGUGUUUGCUAUCUAAGUGCUUUAAAAUCGGCCUUUCUGUCUUGGAAGAUGAUGUAUUUGAGGUUGAUCAACCUCGUGAUCUGUUUCUAUAUUGUUAUUAUGGGGGUAUGAUUUGCAUAGGACAAAAGAAGUUUCGCAAAGCCUUGGAGCUCUUACACAACGUUGUAACUGCACCUAUGUCCAUUAUUAGUGCCAUAGCAGUUGAAGCAUACAAAAAAUAUAUUCUAGUUUCUCUCAUUCAUCUUGGACAGUUUGCUACUAGUUUUCCCAAGUAUACUUCAUCAGCCGCUCAAAGGAAUCUGAAGAAUUUCUCUCAGCCUUACCUUGAGUUGGUAAAUAGCUAUAGUACCGGCAAAGUAUCAGAGGUUGAGAAUUAUGUGCAGAUAAACAAGGACAAGUUUGAAAGCGACAAUAAUCUUGGGUUGGUGAAGCAAGUCGUGUCAUCCAUGUAUAAACGCAAUAUUCAGAGGUUGACUCAGACAUACCUAACUCUCUCCCUCCAAGACAUAGCGAACACAGUUCAACUGAAUAGCGCAAAAGAGGCUGAGAUGCAUGUUCUUCAAAUGAUUCAAGAAGGUGACAUUUAUGCUACAAUCAACCAGAAGGAUGGAAUGGUUAGAUUCCUCGAGGACCCCGAGCAAUACAAAACCUGUGAGAUGAUUGAACGCCUCGACUUCUCAAUCCAGAGGAUUAUGAUGCUCUCGAAGAAAGUAACGACCAUGAAUGAGGUUAUGUCAUGCGACCCGUCUUACCUUGGAAAGGUUGGGAGGGAGCGGCAGAGAUUUGAUUACGACGAUUUCGACACCGUUCCUUCUAAAUUCAACCUAUGAGGAAGGUGAAAAGGAAAAACAUGGCGCUUCAAAUGACUUGUGAGUUUUGAAUUAGUAGAAAAUUUUCAUUUUAUUAUGGUAGAAGCUGGGAUUAGGAAUGAGUCUUUUUGAAAACGUUGGCCCCACACAACCUUAUCUAUUAUUCAUCACAUCUCUUUCACUA